ACAAGAGCGUUUUCUUCGAGGUAAACUCAUCAAAAACAAAAACCCCCCGAAUCGUUCCAAAUAAACCCUAAAUUUUGACUGCUCCCCCUCUUGCUAGCUUGAGCUUCAAGUCAGUGUUCCCCCUUUAAUUCCCCAAUCGACUCUGCCCCACUCGUUUAACCCGCUGAAUCGUCCGAUUCCGAGUCUUUGCAGUGCGGACUCCGGAGUUUCGAUUACGGUUUUUGUUAGGGUUAGGGUUUUGUUUACGAGUCGCAGAGCGUGCAAUGGUUAGAGCCAAUGGAGGGAGGUAAGGUGAUUGGUGAUGGAACAGAUAAUGGGGGUUCGAGCGACGGCCGGCCUCCGAACCCCGUGGCCUCCGCAUUCCGCCAAUCUUUCAGUGCUGCCCAUGUAGCGUCCCCGUGUAAGUCGCUGGUUCGCCAUCCCUCGCUUGUGAGGACGAAGGCAUCAGAUAUUUCUGUUGGACCGGGAUUGAGUACAGAAGAUUGUGAAACAGAAUUCAUUCCAAUUGUUCGCUCUGGAGCAUGGGCAGAUAUGGGAUUUCGAACAAGCAUGGAGGAUGCAUAUGUUUGUGUUGACAAUUUUAUGCGUGAAUUUGGACCAAAAAAUUUCAGUGAAGGGCCCAAUGCUUUCUAUGGGGUUUUUGAUGGGCAUGGAGGAAAGCAUGCUGCUGACUUUGCUUGCUAUCAUUUGCCUAAGUUCAUUGUUGAAGAUGAAGAUUUCCCAAAAGAGAUUGAGCGUGCUGUUGCUUCAGCAUUUCUGCAAACAGACACUGCCUUUGCUGAAGCUUGCUCAUUGGAUGCUGCUCUUGCUUCUGGAACCACUGCUUUGGCGGCUCUUGUUGUUGGGAGGUUAUUGGUGGUGGCAAAUGCGGGAGAUUGUCGGGCUGUACUUUGUCGGCGGGGCAAAGCUAUUGAGAUGUCCCGGGAUCACAAGCCAAUUUGCACCACAGAGAGGAUACGGAUUGAAGCAUCAGGAGGAUACGUGUAUGAUGGUUACCUCAAUGGACAAUUGAAUGUUGCCCGUGCUCUAGGAGAUUGGCACAUGGAAGGAUUGAAGGGUAGGGAUGGUGGUCCUCUGAGUGCAGAGCCUGAAUUUAGGACCACUAGACUUACUAAAGAGGAUGAAUUCAUUAUCAUAGGCUGUGAUGGUAUCUGGGAUGUUUUUAGGAGUCAAAAUGCGGUUGAUUUUGCUCGCAGAAGGCUUCAGGAGCACAAUGACCCAGCCAUGUGUUGCAAGGAUCUGAUUAAUGAGGCUUUGAAAAGGAAGAGUGGGGACAAUUUAGCUGUUGUGGUGGUGUGCUUCCAACCCCAGCCACCCCCUAACUUGGUUGCACCCCGUGGGAGAGUGCAUAGGAGCAUUUCUGCUGAGGGUUUGAAAGAGUUGCAGAGCUUCCUAGACAGCCUGGGAAAUUGAGAUGUCGACGAAUAUUAUUUUUUUUUUCUUAUUCGUAAUGAUGAAAUUUAACUGGUAGUUUUAGAAGUUGAGAGAGAAUUUCUGAGGUGAUCGUCCCAACUGUAACAUAUGCGGCAUUAACUCAUUUUUCCCCAUAUGAUUCAACUUGUUUCUGCCAUUUGUUUAGGCCCUAUUGAUAUUUGAAUUAUUGUUCCCAUUACUGUUGAUUGAUUGAUGCUAACCUUGUUUCUAAUACUAGUGCAAUAACACUGAUCAUCUUCCCUUUA